UUUAAACUUUGAUUAGUUCAAGUUUCUUUAAAGAGUAGCACUCUGUUUUAGUGCUAGUAGUGUAGAAAUAUCUCGCAUAAAUAUUUUCAUAGAAAAAUGAGUUCGAAGGUCUUUAAUAACUUUGCUAUUGGAUCAUUGCUGCUGGUCUUUUUAGCCAUGCAAGCCAAUUGUCAUGAACAACUCGUCUCAGACAUCUGCCUUCGAUGUAUUUGUGAAUCGCUUACCGGUUGUAAUCUGGCAAAAGUCUGUGAUCACGUAGCUUGUGGACUUUUCCACAUAACACGAGGCUAUUGGGCUCAUGCUGGUAAGCCGACAAUAGAAGGCGAAUCUUCAGAAUCCAGUACUGCUUAUUCAAAUUGUGCUAACGACCCUUACUGUGCAGCAGAAACAAUACAAAAUUACAUGAAAGCAUUUGGACGCGACUGUAAUGGAGACAACCAAAUCAAUUGCCACGAUUAUGCUGCUAUUCAUCAAUUGGGUCCUUAUGGUUGCCAGGAUGGUAUAUAUGGGCCAUUUGCAUUUAAAUUAAAUCAAUGUCUGAGAGCAAAUGGACAAUAAAAUUAAAUUUGCAUAGUACCUAA